UGUUAUACAAGUAGAGAUCCACCAACCCCUCUUUUAUUUAUAUUUUAGUCUCAAACCUUCCCACCAAAUCCCGGCCUACAAAGGUAGACAUUCACACACACAACUACUCUUUGCUCUCACCAACCCAGCUCAAGCCCACCAAACAUAUCCAGGCUAUGGCGGCAGCUGCCCCUUAUUCUAUUCAGCCCACAUCAAGAAUUGGUAACCAGCCUCCCCCUAAAUCUCUUGCAGAUGCAGCUUUGAAUUCCAGAUCACUUUCUUUCGCAUCCCAAUUCCAGAAAUUCUCCCUCAAAUCGUUGUGUGCAACGAGGCAACUGCAUCUUCAAGGGGCUAGUGCAUUGGUGAGGGCAGAGAUGAGCUCGGACACGGUGCAGGUUGAUGUAUCGUUGAGCCCUAGGGUUAACUCGGUGAAGCCUUCGAAGACGGUGGCUAUCACUGACCAGGCAACUGCCCUUGUACAAGCCGGUGUGCCUGUUAUCCGACUAGCAGCAGGGGAGCCGGAUUUCGACACUCCAACACCAAUUGCUGAGGCUGGGAUUAAGGCAAUUCGUGAAGGGUUCACUAGGUAUACUCCCAAUGCGGGCACAUUGGAGCUCCGGACAGCUAUUUGUCACAAGCUCAAAGAGGAAAAUGGAAUAUCCUACACGCCCGACCAGAUUUUGGUGAGCAAUGGUGCAAAACAGAGUAUUCUUCAAGCAGUUCUUGCAGUGUGUUCCCCUGGAGACGAGGUGAUUAUUCCAGCUCCGUUCUGGGUGAGCUACCCGGAGAUGGCAAGGUUGGCUGACGCCAAUCCCGUAAUUCUUCCCACGACCAUAUCAGAAAACUUUCUCUUAGAUCCAAAGGUUCUCGAGUCUUCACUGACGGAGAAGUCAAGGCUGUUGAUUCUUUGCUCACCCUCCAACCCGACCGGGUCUGUUUACCCUCGCAAAUUGCUCGAACAGAUUGCUGAGAUUGUAGCAAAGCAUCCCAGGCUUCUUGUUAUGUCCGAUGAAAUCUACGAACAUAUCAUUUAUGCCCCGGCUACUCAUACGAGCUUUGCAUCUUUGCCGGGCAUGUGGGAUCGAACCUUGACUGUCAACGGCUUCUCAAAGGCCUUCGCCAUGACUGGUUGGAGACUCGGGUAUCUUGCUGGUCCAAAGCACUUUGUUUCUGCUUGCGGGAAGAUCCAAAGUCAGUCUACUUCAGGUGCCAGCAGCAUAUCUCAAAAGGCCGCCGUUGCUGCUCUGGGGUUGGGUUAUGCAGGCGGGGAAGCAGUCGCAGAUAUGGUUAAAGCAUUCCGCGAGAGGAGAGAUGUUCUGGUCAAGAGCUUCGGAGAAUUAGGUGGAGUCAAGAUUUCAGAGCCUCAGGGGGCUUUCUAUCUUUUCCUCGAUUUCAGCUCGUACUAUGGCCUAGAGGUCGAUGGCUUCGGUGUCAUCAACGGCUCGGAGGCCCUCUGCCGGUAUUUGCUCGACAAGGCUCAAGUUGCCCUUGUUCCGGGGGAUGCUUUUGGAGACGACACAUGCAUCCGCAUCUCCUAUGCCGAGUCUCUGACAACUCUGCAGGCGGCCGUGGAGAGGAUCAAGGGUGCUCUCGUCGCUCUCAAGCCGGCCGUCACCGUCUAGUGUGGAUGCAGGAUUUGUUGAAGGAGAUGAGGUUUUUAACUUCGUGUGUUGUAAUUUUAGCUUUUGAAUUUUCUAUUUCAAGAACUUACUUUGUACGUGGAUUAGAUUAGUGAAUGUAAUUUGAUACUGGAUUUUAAAAAUAAAUAAAGACUGUCUAAGCUAUUCAUUGAAAUUUGAAUAGCUUUGAAUUUUCUUUGCAA